UAUAAACACUUUCUAAAAUUAGUCCUCUCCACACAAUUAAUUCCCUGACGAUUCCUUUGACGCUAGUCACGUGUGCGCAUUUCGUGAGUGUAUGUGGGGGGAGGAGGGUGACAUUUUGACAUAUAAAGCUGUUUCAAGGGCGAAUUCUGCAUUACCAGUGCACGCAAAACCCUGCGCGAGGCACUCCUUUAGGGUUGAGAAGAAGAGCGGAUUAUUCCUCCUCUCUUGAGAUUUCGCAUUCCAAGAACGUUUAGAUGGAUUUCCCCAACAUUUCGCUGACUGAACGGAGGUCGGAGUCAUGGAAAGCCGUGCAGUGGAUAUCGCAUUGGGGGAUCUACAAGUUGUAUUGAUGCGAUUUUGUUCCCCGUCAUGAACUGUCCUGGAGCUGCAGUUCAAAGUUGGGGGCUUUAAGAGCGGGGAACAUCAUGCACACAGCGGAGCUCGCGCUCUCUCUUCUAAUUGUCGUGAUCAUCGGUGUGUCGCUGCUGUCCAACGUGCUAGUGCUGAUCUGCUUCUUGUACAAUGCAGAAAUUCGCAAGCAGGUUCCCGGUUUGUUUAUACUCAACCUGACGUUCUGCAACCUGCUUCUGUCCGCCUCCAGCAUGCCGUUGACUCUUUUCGGAGUGUUGAGCAAAGCACAUCCCGGAGGACAAAUUUUCUGUCAGGUUGUCGGGUUUCUUGACACUUUCCUGACCACCAACUCAAUGCUGAGUAUGGCAGCGCUAAGCAUCGACCGCUGGGUUGCAGUGGUGUUCCCUCUCAGUUACCAUUCCAGGAUCCGUCACCGGGACGCUAUAAUCGCUCUGGUUUACACGUGGGUGCACUCGCUGUCCUUCUCCGUGGUUGCCGCGGGCCUCUCCUGGGUGGGCUACCAUCAGCUGUAUGCUUCGUGCACGCUCUGUAACGGCAGGGCGGUCAAUGCCAAGACGCAGUUUGCGAUUUACACCAUGGUGCUGCACUCGCUCACGUUCCUGUUGGUGUCGGUGGUGCUCUGCUUCACGUAUCUAAAAGUGCUCAAAGUCGCGCGCUUUCACUGUAAGCGCAUAGACGUGAUAACCAUGCAAACGCUCGUACUGAUAGUGGACAUUCACCCGAGUGUUCGUCAGCGCUAUCUGGAGGAGCAGAAAAGGAGAAGACAGAGAGCCACCCGCAAAAUUAGUACCUUCAUUGGAACCUUCGUUGUCUGUUUCACCCCUUAUGUCAUUACCAGGAUUGUGGAGCUAUUUGUGACGGAGCCAUUUAAUCCAUAUUGGGGCGUGCUGUGUAAGAGUCUGGCAUACAGCAAAGCUGCAUGUGACCCCUUCGUCUACUCUCUUCUGCGACACCAGUACAGGAAGACCUGCAGUGACAUCAUCAAUCGACUCUUGAAACGCAGUUCCCCGAAUGGCUCCGGGCACCAGCAGGUAAAUGGAAAGAUUGGGAGGGCCAAGGAAAUCAUAAAAGAUGGGGAAGUCGAAGCCAGACCUACAAACUGAGGACUCCUGUUGCUAUAGAGAUGAAUGAUCACAAAGGUAGAGCUCUGACUCUGGAGAGAGAGAGAGAGAGAUCAGUGAAGACAGAGGAAACAGCGGGACAUUUCUCAACUCAAAAAUAAUUUAAGAUGUAACUGUAGCAAGAGAUUUAGUAGAAAAGAGAUUCUUUUUAUAAAAGUAUUUAUUCAUUUACUUUCUUUUUUUCUCUUUCUUUCUUUCUUUGAUUCUUAAAUCAAACUUCUAUAAAGCUGCAAUCCACAAAAGCUGCUAGUUAGCCAAUAUUCAAAGAGAAUCUGUAGGACCUUUUAUAUAUAUUGGUCUGAUUUGUCUCUUGUUAUAGUGAUAAAGUGCUGUUUAGACUUAGAUAGGUUUAGACUUGAAUCGGUGACUGCUUUGACUUACUGUAAAACAUGGUCAAAUGUGAGAAAACAAGAUCGCAUUGUGAGUUUUUCAAAACAGAAUAAGAAACAAUAUUUUCUACAUGAUGUAAUAGUGGAACUCAACGGCAUGGGGUUUUGAUCUUUUUUUGUAGCAUGUAUUGUAUCUUCAGGGUUUAGAUAUGAAGCUAAAAAGCAAUGGGUGGUGGACCUUGGGUCUUAUGGUGCCUUUUAUUUAUUUAGUUUAUUUAAAACCAAAUCUGCAUAGGCUGAACAAGCUCAUUUCAGCAGAAAAUUGUAGAGAAAUUGUGUUGUGUAAACCAAAGGGUAUAAAAAACGUAUUUAUUGAGAGUGUAACAAUACAGCUUAAAAAAAAAAAACGUUGGAUGUACUUGACUCUGAAAAUUAUCCGUGAAAAUAUUGUGCAAGUGCCUGAAGUGCUGUCAUAUGGGUUUACUUAAUUAAUGUUCUCUGUGUGGGAGCACUGGUCACAAGAUACAAAA